CCUAAACAGAAGAAGAAGAAAAUCAUAAAGCGCAAGAUGAACCCCGCUGAUGCAAUGAUGGAUUUACCGACGGAGGAGGAGCAGCGACGUGCAUCCUUAGGCCGACCUGGAUUUUUCAACCCGGCGGUGAUGCAGCUAUCCGGAACAUCGCGGCCGCACGUUCCCUUCGUGCACGAAGUAGCGUCCCAUCAUCAGGUGUCCCCAAACGGGCACCUCUAUCCGCCAUUGCAAUUGGGACCCGCAUCAGCGCAGCCGGUAUCAGCGCCAUCGCAAUUUGUGCAACCGCCAUCGCAAACGGGCUCAGCUGUAGUGGAUAACGCCGUACUCCUGCAAACGCUGAAUAUGAUGCAGCAACAAAUGGCCCAGCAACAGCAGCUUAUUAGUAAAAUAAUGGCCCAGCAAAUAAGCCAGCCCGCAGUUACGCCAAAUUUUAAUCCAGAGCAAGCAACGGAAGCAUUAGCCAAUUCUACUAUGGAAUUUCGAUUCGAUUCUGAAGCUGGCAUCACCUUCAUAACAUGGUUUUCCCGGUACGAGGAGCUGUUCAACGAGGAUGCUUGUCGGCUGAGUGAUGCAGCAAAAGUGCGACUUCUUUUAAGGAAGCUAGGUGCAGCCGAGCAUGAUCGGUAUUUGUCAUUUAUCCUGCCCCGGCGUUCAAAUGAAUUUUAAUUCAAGGAGACGAUCGCAAAGCUCGCUGUGCUGUUCGACGUACAGGAAUCCUUGAUAAGCAAAAGGUACAGGUGUUUGCAGCUUACAAGGAAAUCUGAAGAGGAUCUGCUUACCUACGCAUACCGUGUGAUUAAACCAUGCGUAGAGUUCAGCAAGCUCGACGAGGAGCAGCUAAAGUGCCUCUUAUUCGUUUGUGGAUUAAGAGAAGAACGAGACGUCGAAGUGCGAACUAUAUUGUUGGCGAAAAUCGAGGAUCGAGAGCAGAUUACGUUGCAGCAACUGUCAGAGGAAUGUAGUCGCAUUGCCGCACUAAAAAGAGACAGCGCAAUGAUACAGGAAAAUGAACAGCAAGUACUCGCAUUGCAUAACAACAAUAAUACAAAAAUAUGUAACAACCAAAGCUAACAAUUCGUAUUUUCAGCACCGGCAAUUCCCCAGAAGAAAAAAAUUCCAAAGAUAUAGUAAGCAGCAUCCUCCCGCACGGAACACCCAGCCCAGCAGACCAUGCUGGCUUUGUGGCGAUAGAAAUUGGGUGCAAGACUGCGAAUACAAAUCGCACACAUGCCAAGAUUGCGGAAUAGAAGGGCACCGAGAAGGACAUUGCAAUACUGCAAGUCGUUUCUGAAAGUUUCGGCACAGCCCAUCAGCGGAGGCUAAAAUCGUCACGGUGAAUGCUUGUGCAGUCGCAGUAAAUCGUAUGUUUAAGUUUACGUAAACGUGCUAAUAAAUGGGAAGAAUUCCAGGUUGCCACUCGAUACGGGGUCCGAUAUCACGAUCAUAAAUCGACCCAUGUGGAAAAGCUUAGGAGAACCUUUAUUAAAUGCAUGCGAGAUAAAAACAAAGACAGUGUCAGGAGCUAACCUUCACAUAGACGGGGAAUUCGAAGUAAUUAUGGGGGAAUUGCGAAAACAGCCACAAUACGGGUAGCUCGCGUGAAUCUUUUAUUAUUGGGUGCAGACGUAAUAGAAUCUUUUAACCUGGGAUCGUUACCAAUGAAUGCGUACUGUGAAUCAGUUUCAACAGCGACACCAAUUGCUAAAAGCUUAGAAUAUCCCAGUGUUUUUAAAGGAUCAGGCAGUGAUUUUUAUUUUACAAACGGAACAACGACUGCUACAUAAGAAAAAAAGAAAAAAAGGAAAAUAACGAUACCAAGAUUCAUACAUAAAGAGCCUGAAAAGAUUAACGCAAUAAGGUUUGGAAGAUAUACAAAUGGAAUAUAAAAAAUGAGAUGGAUAAAAAGCAAAAUGAUACAAAAAAAAUGAAACCAAUAUAACAGAAAGUAGCGCAUGCUUAAAAGAAACCUGAUCAACAAUAGUGUCGUGACCACAGCUUGCACGUUUCAUAAAAAAAACUAGAGGGCUAUAACGCGAUUUAUUUUGUUUAAAGAGAGGGUGGGUAGCAAUCCCCAUAUGCAAAAGAAAUGCCUAAGCGAAAAUUAUCAUUCAAGGAUUCAAAAAAAGGAAAACAAAAUAAUAGUUACAGUUAUGGUCAGAAUCCUCAACUAAAAAAGGAAUGUAGUACAUGAACAACACAAUCAAGCAAGAAUACCAAGUCAAAAACAAUUAAAUAAUAAUAAUACAGCACGCACUUCGAGCACUUACAAAAGCACAAAAAGAUUACAAUCAAAAAGGAAAAGGGAUUGACAGAAGUAAAAGAGCACUCUAACACAGAAAACUCUUUAAAAGAAGGCUGUUUGAAAAAAAAAAAACAAACAAGUUUUAUACACAAGUGAUCUAGCAGCAACAAAAUGGCAUCAGUGGUUGCUUCAGCGCAUCGUCUACGCAAAUAUUUAGAAGAACGGCAACCGCACGUCCUAGAAAGCUGAAAUCGGGUACAGGAACCACGACGCUCUUCUCGCAAUGGAAGAUUGUCCAGUCGGUUCGAGGUGUACCGUACAUUUUAAGAGAGGGAGAUGUUAUGGAGGCGUUUUAGGGCGAAUUACGGAAAGUGAGUCAACCUGCGCAUACAGUUCGGCUCCGACUGGCUGGUCACUCAGCGAGCCGAGAGGACACUCAGCACGAUCGAAAGGACGAUCGUGCCCUCUUGGAAUAAGGCGGCCGAGCGGGACGGUCACAC